CGGGGAUGUUUUCUGAAACCAGACGAGGCCCCCUUGGCCUGAAGAAAGGGUUUUUGUGCUCUUCCUCUUCCCUUGAAGGGGGUCCAGGGAGGAAUAUGCUUCCCAGGGAAAGCAGCAAUAGCUUUGUGCGCACAGAGCAACCACCCCGUCUACCCAGGACCCGUCCGAGAGCGGUUGCUACCUGCUGUUCUCGGCUGCGAACGCGACUGCACCAUCCUUCUUGCUCGGCUCCGGAAGGCGCCCCGGAAGCCAUGGAGGCGCUGGUCCUGGCCGGAUACAGCGCGCAGAAAGAGGACGAGCUGAGCCUGGCGCCCGGGGACGUGGUCCGGCAGGUGUGCAAGGGGCCCGCACGGGGCUGGCUGCGUGGAGAGCUUGGGGGCCGUUGUGGCCUCUUCCCCGAGUGCCUGGUGCAGCAGAUCCCUGAGACUCUCCGCGGUUCGGGGGAGGCGCCGAGACCGCGCUGUGCGCGCCGCCGAGGUCACCCCGUCGAAUCUCCAGGCCCCCAAAGAUGGUGCAAAGUGAACUUCAGCUACAGCCCGGAGCAGGCGGACGAGCUGAAACUGCAAGCUGGGGAGAUUGUGGAAGUGAUAAAGGAGAUUGAGGACGGCUGGUGGCUGGGGAAGAAGAACGGGCAGCUGGGAGCCUUCCCGUCCAACUUUGUGGAGUUGCUGGACAGUGGACCCCCAAGCCUUGGUAACCCAGACAUGCCUUCAAUCAGCCUUGGUCCCCAGCGGCCUCCCAAGCUGAGCAGCAUGAACUAUGACAGCCCUCCAGACUACCUGCGGACAGUCUCCCACCCUGAGACCUACAGGGUCCUGUUUGACUACCAUCCCGAGGCCCCAGACGAGUUGGCGCUGCGGAGGGGGGACGAGGUGAAAGUACUGAGGAAGACCACAGAGGAUAAGGGCUGGUGGGAAGGAGAGUCUCAAGGCAGAAGAGGACUUUUCCCAGAUAACUUUGUGCUCCCACCACCCCCGAUCAAGAAGCUGGUCGCACGGAAAGUGGCAUCCCGGGAAUCAGAACAUGAGCUCAUUCUGGCUGCUGUGGGGAGAGCACACCCUAGGCAGGGUGGGUGCAGCCCAAGCCCAGCUCCUAUUAAGGAACCCAAAAAGAUGAUGCCCAGAACAGCCCUCCCUACGGUCAAGAAGCUGGUGACAGCCCCGACUGGGCCAAGCAAAGCCAAGCCAUCUUGGACACCCAGCGGAGACAGUCAGAAGCGCCCUUCCCGAAACUCCAGCUCCAGCAGCAGUUUCCUCGGUGGGUGUCCAGGCCAGAGUGGCAGAAAGCGAGCCAAAACCCAGCCUUCACAGCAACGCUCUGCAGCCAGUCGGGGCGAAGAGCGGAGCAGCCUUACAAAGGCCCCUCGUGUGAAUAAAACCCCAACUCUGGACAAGACCCCCAGCCUAGAGAAGACCCCAUCUCCAGAUAAGGCCCCCAGUCCAGAGAAGACCCCGUCUCUGGAUAAGGCCGGCAGCCCAGAGAAGACCUCAUCUCUGGACAAUGCCCGCAGCCCAGAGAAGACCUUGUCUCCAGAUAAGGCCCCCACUCCAGAGGAAUCCCUAACUCCAGAUAAGGUCCCUAUCCUAGAGGAGACCCCAACUCUGGAGGACAAAGCCCCCAGACCAGACAGGGUCUUUUCUGUGCAUGAGGCACCGGUCCCAGAAGUCCCACCUGGUCCAAAGAUGGCCCCUCCUGGGGACGAGGCCCACACCCUAGGAAAGGUCUUGACCACCAAACAGGUGCUCUCUGAAGAGGCCUCCACCCGAGACAACACUCAGUUCCAUCACUUCUCUCCGGAGGAAGCCCUGCUAAACGCCAGGUCUCUUGAGGCCAGUGAGGCUCAGUCCCAAGAGGAGGUUCACAUGCCAGGGGAGCACCCCCUCUGCAUGGCGAAACGUCCCCUGGAUAAGAGGGACAGCUCCCCUCUCCAGUCCGAGCCCAAGUCCAAGUCAGGGUCCAUGCCUGCCCUUGAGAAGGCCGACCCCCAGGAAGAGGCUACCACUCUCCUGGAGGAGGCACCAGCGAAGGAUGAGGCCACCCCCAAAGAGGAGGUGCCCCCCGAAGAGGUAUCCCCUGCUCAGAAGAAUCCACAUCCUAUCAUGCUGACUCCAGAGCCCCAAAUGACUCCCACCCUCCACUCCUUGGUCCCGCAAAAUCUCACAGAUAGCAAAAGUGACAGAGACGACAUGGUGAGGAUAAAGGACGAGGUGGAGGCUUUAAGGAGGUCGCUGGAGCUGAUGGGGGUGCAGCUGGAAAAGAAGCUAACUGACAUCUGGGAGGAGCUGAAGAGCGAGAGGGAGAAGCGCACGUUGCUGGAGAUGACGCGGAGGACCCAGGAGUCCCGGAACCUGGGCUCCAUCCACGCGCAGACGCAGACGCACUGAGGGGUGGGCCCGGGAGGGACUACGGCGGGACCUGGAGCGAAGUCGGGCUCCGGCCACCCACGUCCUUGCACACGAUUUCGGGAAACGCAAGAAAGUAAACUCUGCCAUGUACGCGC